AUGGCUCGGCGCGGACCUGCUUCGCCAUUCGAAAGUGAAACCUUUGGUCAAGAUGCUUCGUUCCACCUGGAGCAGCCCAUUGGGGCCAUGUCCAUUUCCCCUAGUGGUCGAGACGUUGUGCUAGCUUCUAAAGAAGGGCUUCAUAUCAUUGACCUAGACUCACCAUAUUCCCCGCCUCGUUAUUUGCCCCAUCGAACACCAUGGGAAGUGGCGGAUGUGCAAUGGUCCCCCUUUGCCUCGCGCGACUAUUGGGUAAUCAGUACUUCGAAUCAGAAGGCUUUGGUCUGGAACUUGCAAGCUCGCUCAUGGCAGGACAGUGUUGAGUUUGUCCUCCACGGACACACCAGAGCAAUUACUGACAUCAAUUUCUCUGCCCACAAUCCAGACGUCCUUGCGACGUGCGCUGUAGACAGCUUCGUGCAUUGUUGGGAUUUGCGUGCCGCCAUGAGACCAGUGAACUCAUUCUCGGACUGGUUUGCCGGCGCAACCCAAGUGAAGUGGAGCCGGCAGGAUGAACACAUCAUUGCAAGCGCUCACGAUAAGUACCUGCACAUAUGGGACGAUCGGCAUGGGGCAUAUCCUCUGAGGACCAUUCAAGCUCAUGGGACAAAAAUCUAUGGCAUCGAUUGGAAUCGUCAUCACCCAAACAAGAUUGUCACCUGCUCCCUCGACAAGACCAUCAAAUUCUGGGAUUUUGACAACUCAUAUGACCAGCCAGAACGCGUCAUCGAGACGACCUUUCCUGUUUGGAGAGCCCGCCAUACUCCCUUUGGUUGGGGAUUACUCGCCAUGCCACAGCGAGGCAGCAGCAACUUGCACCUGUAUGACCGCAGGACAGUUCACGGCGAACUCGAAAGCGGACGCGUCCGUCCUGUUGCAACGUUCAGAGGCCAUGAGGGCCAAGUCAAAGAGUUUCUGUGGCGCUCUCGAGGCACCAUCUCGGAUAACAUCGAUAACAGAGACUUCCAACUAGUUACUUGGGGCACAGAUGGAGACCUAAGACUGCAUGCACUAGACCCCGAGGUCUACCUUGAUAUUGGCUACGAGCAAGGGAAAUCCAAAGUCCAGCGCCUGAACUUCACUCGAAAAGGAGCCAUUUACAGGACCUUUCGAGACGAACCAAACGAUACAGAUUCGCCAACGGAGCAAACCCCUCGCAGUGAAACCUUCCCUCGCCAAAGUUUCUUUCAGUCUCGACCCCGCGCAAGUACGAAUGUGGGCAUGAACAGAGUGCCAGUUUCCCAGUUCCGGGGCUGGGUCGCAGGCAACCGUCAGGCACAACGAUCUGGCAUGCACGGGAGAGGGAAUAAUCGACAGACGGCAGACCCAAUCGCCUGGCUCAAGAACGUCAAAAUCUUUUCCUGGGACCCGGACACCAUUGCGGAAGAAAUACGUCAAGUUGGGGAGAAGUUCAAGAAAGUCGAAUUCGAGAGCGUUGACAUACCACACCGAAAGGCUGUCAUGUCUCUUCAAGCUCCUUGGGGGGAAGAGCAGAGUCAAAUAUACUUACGGGUCGAAAUGCGCUUUCCAAAACUAUAUCCUCGAGGUGCCAAUGCAGUUUUGAGCCUGCAGAAGACUGGCGCGCUAGAUGAUGCAACACACAAGCACUUGGCCACGGAAUUACAGACUAUCUCGGAGACUUAUGCCUCGAGGAAGAGAGGUUGUCUUGAAGCAGUGCUUCGAUAUCUUCUCAGAGAACAAAACUUGGAACAAAUCGUUGCCUGGGUCCUUGGUGAAUCCAUCAGCGACUCCAAGGUUCUUGACCCAUCGACAAUUCCAGCGGACGACUCGAGUAGUGACGACGAUGACCAAAUGGAAACGGCUCGUGGCCAGUUGGAUGCGUCGGCCAAUAUGAGCGUCCCAAUCCCUAAAGGCUGUGGCGCCGUUUGGUCUGAGACUGGAAAACUAGUGUGUUUCUUCCCUACGAGGUCCAAGGAACCCGUUUCACUCUUAGGCACACUUGGUGUGAAAGAUCUCGAAGAAUACGACUCGAAUCGUUUAUUUGAAGGGUUCGGCCGCCUGCAUUCUAGUUCGCCUGCUCAUAAGAUGACAGGCGGGAUGAAAACAGCAGACGAUGAUACUGCUUCCGAUACCUCUGAAUCCUCAUGGAAGUCAUCAAGCAGCUCUUCUGCCUCCUUCGAAACGGAGCAGAACGUCCGAGGUGGCUCAUCCUUUCGCCUUCCCGUGACUGGCUUGCAACACCAGUCACGCUCACCAGACCGAUCUAUGCACUCCACAGCAGGAGGACAGAAGCUGGCCGAAGCCCCACGUACCAGUACCAUAUCAAUGCAUGCUUUCGAAAGCUUACUACCCUCGAAACGAGAGUUGGCUGAAGAUUACAUGAUCUUCGGAGACGCAAAAGAGACGUGUAAGCACAAUGCAGGAGUGGCCGAGAGUGCCGCUCUGGAUGAUCUUGCAUCUGUAUGGAUGCUCAUGGGGCUCGUACUCGAUGACUCCGUCCCCUUGGAGGUCCUGCCGGAUCUUAGCCAUACCACUGCAUAUGAUAUUUCUAUUAUUGCUCGAUCGCUGACACGCGUUCCGAAAAGCGCCAAACAAGGUAUUGAGCUGGGGAAUGGGGCCCGAGGUCGAACUCGAUGGGGAAAUCAUCCUCUAGGCUCAUCCUAUCUCUUACCUGCUUUGUUUGACCAUUUUGAGAGACUGGGCGAUGUACAAAUGCUUGCGAUGAUGUCCUGCUUUUUCGCCCCUGCUCCCAUUCAUGGCUCAAUGCGUGGAUGGAGCCCCUCUGCACCAGGUGGCGAUGCGCCAAGCAAGUGUCUGGGAAUUCGGUCAGACUACUUCCCCUCGAAAGCUGUGGCUAGGUCCUUCUUCCGAAAUGAAGUCGUCCCGGAAGGCUAUAUCCUAGUGGACUCUGUCAGCGCGUUCCCGAAAAUUAAAAGUCAUCUCGCGGAAAAUACACAGGCUCUGCACAGCCAACGAAGGCCGAAUAUAAUACACAGCCCCGGCUUAGCCCGGCAGGCAAGUCAGAUGUCAUCACGUGCCCAUAGCUUUACGGGCGACGACAUGAGCGAUCACCUGCCUCUUUACUCGACCACCGUAUCAGUUUCAACUUCACCCGAGGGAAACAGAAUGAGCCACAAGCCCAGCUCGAGUGUUGCCCACUCCUCAGCAGCACGAGCUAGUCUAUCGGCUCUUACACAAUCUUAUUCAAAUUCACCACCCAAUCACCCUUCCUCCUCUGCUACAAACUCUAGUAUCAAAAGGUACAGCCCAUCUGGCUCGUUGGCUCCUGCAUGGGUUUCCUCAAGCAUCUUUGGGGGCCAAGGCGGACACAAAAAUGCGAGGGCGUCGAUCCCCGGUAGUGAGGUCGCCAGCCAGGAUAGCCAUGAAUCCGGGAGACUGCGCUCAUCACUUUCAUCCAUCAAUCUGCGACGGACGCACAAGGACAGCGUUCCUCUCAAAUCUGAGUUGGACAGCUGCCGGAGUCUACGAUCUAUCACUGCAUCCGGCACCUCGGAUCUCACACAACGCAACGAAAAGAAACCACCCCAGCGUAAGAGGAUCAAAACCCGGCUGUUCAACCAGGACAAAUUUGACUUGGAAGGUUACGCUCGAUCCCCCCUACUAGACCCUGUCCUAGAACGGAAGUGCAGGAACUACCGAGCCAGCUAUGCUCAUCUUCUCGACGUGUGGCAGCUGCACAUCCAACGAGCGGAGAUCCAGAAGUUCGACCACUUGAACACAAGGAACGACAGCUCCAGUGCAUUGCAAAAUCGAGCACACGCCCUAACUGCCCAUGCUUCACAUCCAAGCGCACAUCACACUGCUACGUUCCUGGAACGCCCACCCCGAAAAUCCCUUCCCACCUCUCAGCUCCGGGAUUUGAGCCCCCGAGGCCUCGUGAUCCAUCGCUGCUGCCCGCGCUGCAGCGAGCCAUUGGGAGCCAUCGAAAAGAACGGAAUCCCAAUUGGCUGGCAUUGCGUGAACACCUUGUGCACGUCGAGCUCCACCUCAAAUUCACUGUCGGCCACCAAGCCCCCCAAACGGAGUGUCUGCGCCAUCUGCAACCGCAGCGUAUCAGGCCUAUCCAUCCCCUGUCUACAAUGCGGACACCUGACAUGCUUUACAUGCGCACAAGGCUGGUUCGGCGGUGCCGUGGAGCGCGUGAAGUCUACUGGAAUCGAAUCUCGCCGGCCCAGUGAAGACACGCCUCCAUCGUCACCACUGGACCCCUCGAUCCGGUUCGCCGACCUGCUCGGUCGCGAAGAAGACCUCGCGAACCUCAACGAACAUCAAACCUGUCCGACUGGCUGCGGCUGUCCCUGCGCUCUGAUCAGCAAGAUCGAUGUCCCGGAGCCGCCACUGACGCCACCCUUCAACCACGACAACGGGGAAUACUCCGAGUCCAGCCAGAGCCAGAGCCAAGGCCACAGCCGCGGCGGCAGCAGUUCAGGAGGAGCGGCGCAGCUGCAAAGGUCAUCUAGCGUGCUCAUCCCACCCCCCGAACCAGGCUCCUCUGACGCCGCAGCCCUGACUGCCCUGCUUGCCCUCACACAGUCCCAUCAACGCACUAAAUCAGCCACAGCUGCAACCAGUGCGCGCAGCAAGGCUUCCUCCGUGUCAAUGCAAGCAGGCCAGCAGCCUCGACCACAGGUGCAAUAUGCGCACCCGAUCGACCCCCAGCGCGAGCAGACGUCGUUCAGCAACGCCUCGUCCCAAGCACUCGCGAUCGAUGACGAUGUGCGCCUCAACCCCUGGGCAGGCAGCAAACUCGCGACCCUCGGUCGCGGGAUUGGUGCAGGUCUGAGUCGUGGUCUGGCCUCCAAGGCGAGCGAUGCGACCAUCAGGAGGGCCAAAUGA